CCCAACCCCUCAUUCAUUUCCCUCCAUUCCCAACGCUUUCUGCUAUUUCCUGCAUUUCCUCUUCCCAACGCUCCUCUCUCUCUCUCUCUGGGUUAAGCUUUUAGGUGGUGCAUACAAAGACUCUCCUUCCUCUUUCUCUCUUGUUUGGGGCUUUAGCUAGUGCAUACAAAGAAAAUCCUCACUCACUCUAUAUAUGUCUUUGGGUUAGGUUUUGAAUGCAAAUGGGUGAGAACGCUGCCACAAAGAACAACCAGCACCACCAAGUGUUUGACGUCUCCAUAGAUGUGCUUGCUCAGAAUGGCUCCAAAUGCUUCGAUGAUGAUGGCCGUCUCAAACGAUCUGGUACUUUAUGGACUGCUAGUGCUCACAUAAUAACUGCUGUGAUUGGAUCCGGGGUGCUGUCCCUAGCCUGGGCCAUUGCUCAGCUUGGUUGGAUUGCUGGACCUACUGUCAUGUUCUUGUUCUCCUUUGUCGGUUUCUACUGUUCAUCACUGCUGGCUGACUGUUACCGUACCGGUGACCCUGUCUCCGGCAAUAGAAACUAUACUUACAUGGACGCAGUCCGAUCCAUUCUUGGUGGAGCUAAGUUCAAGGCAUGUGGGUUUAUUCAGUACUUGAAUCUUUUUGGAAUAGCUGUUGGAUACACCAUAGCAGCAUCUAUAAGCAUGACGGCUAUCAAGAGGUCUAAUUGUUUUCAUGCGAGUGGCGACAAGAACCCAUGUCACAUGUCUACUACUCCAUAUAUGCUCUUGUUUGGUAUAACCGAAAUUGUGUUUUCUCAAAUCCCAGACUUCGAUCAAAUAUGGUGGCUUUCAAUAGUCGCUGCUGUCAUGUCUUUCACCUAUUCUUCAAUUGGUCUUGCACUUGGAAUUGCCAAAGUUGCAGCUAGAGGAACUUUAAGGGGUAGUCUCACAGGAAUAAGCAUGGGAGCAGAUGUAACUCAAACCCAAAAAAUGUGGAGGAGUUUCCAGGCUCUAGGAAACAUAGCAUUUGCUUACUCAUUUUCAGUCAUCCUUAUUGAAAUUCAGGACACAGUCAAAUCCCCACCAUCAGAAUCAAAGACAAUGAAGAAAGCCACUUUUAUUAGCGUUUCUGUAACAACUAUAUUUUACAUGCUUUGUGGGUGUAUGGGUUAUGCAGCUUUUGGUGACUUAGCACCUGGCAAUCUCCUCACUGGUUUUGGUUUCUACCACCCAUAUUGGCUUCUUGAUAUAGCUAAUGCUGCCAUAGUAAUUCAUCUGGUUGGAGCAUACCAAGUAUUUUGCCAACCUAUCUUUGCCUUCGUUGAGAAAAAGGCAGCAAAAAAAUGGCCUGAAAGUGGUUUUAUCACCAAGGAAUUCCCAAUCCCAAUCCCGGGUUUGGGCUCAUUUAAUCUAAACCUCUUCCGGUUGGUUUGGAGAACCAUGUUCGUGAUGUUAACCACCAUUAUAUCAAUGUUGCUUCCCUUCUUCAAUGAUGUUGUGGGACUUCUUGGUGCACUUGGUUUUUGGCCCUUAACUGUGUAUUUUCCGGUUGAGAUGUACAUUAAACAGAGGAGAAUACCAAAGUGGAGCACUAGAUGGAUGUGCCUCCAAAUGCUCAGCAUUUCUUGCCUCAUAAUAUCAAUUGCUGCUGCUGCUGGUUCAGUUGCCGGUGUUGCUCUCGACCUUAAGUCCUACAAGCCAUUCAAGGCCACCGCUUGAACACUAUCUGGCUGUCUUUUCUUUUUGAUCAAUUAACUGUUGAACAAAAGUAAGAAGAUCAUAUUUCAGUUUCAUGUAAAUGAAACAACCUUAAGGGGUUGGUGUUGGUGUGGUUAUUAAUUUGUAGUUUUAUGUCUGGAUUCUGAAAGGUUCUUGUUAAGUUCAAGAAUCAAGAAGAUGAAUUACUUUCUGUGUAAUUAAGCAUGUCAAUUCCAAAGUAUGAAUCUUCUUAUGAAAUAUCUCAGUUCUUAGCCAUAGAAAUGCAAAUUGGCUAUUUGAAUAGUUGAAUUUUAUA